UGCUGCUCAUUCGAAGUUUGCGGAAACAUGGCGGGUCUGGAGCUGCUGUCUGACCAGGGAUACCGUCUGGAUGGAAGAAAAGCCACCGAGCUGCGGAAGGUCCAGGCCCGGAUGGGAGUGUUCGCUCAGGCGGACGGUUCUGCGUAUUUAGAGCAGGGAAACACCAAAGCUCUGGCUGUGGUUUACGGUCCGCACGAAAUGCGAGGCUCACGAAGCCGCACUCUUCACGAUCGAGCGCUUAUCAACUGUCAGUACAGCAUGGCCACAUUCAGCACAGCAGAGAGGAAGAGGAGGCCGCACGGAGAUCGCAAGUCCACAGAGAUGAGCCUCCACCUCAAGCAGACGUUUGAAGCUGCUGUGAUGACCCAGCUCUACCCGCGCUCUCAAAUAGACAUCUAUGUCAAGAUCCUGCAGUCGGACGGAGGGAACUACAGCACCUGUGUAAAUGCUGCCACUCUGGCGGUGAUUGAUGCUGGCAUCCCAAUGAGGGACUAUGUGUGCGCCUGCACGGUGGGGUUUGUGGAUGAGACGCCCCUCGCUGACCUUUGCUAUGCAGAGGAAAGCGGUGGAGUGAGCUCUCUGGCUUUGGCGCUGCUGCCACGCGGCGGACAGAUCGCUCUGCUGCAGAUGGACGCCAGACUGCAUCAGGAUCACCUCGAGACUCUGAUUGAAGCUGCAAUGACGGCUUGUAAAGGUGUGAGUAAGGUGCUGGACGAGGUGGUGAGGCAACAUCUUCAAGAAGUCUCAGUGCUCACCGGGGAGUGAUGAGGGACAAAGAACGACAAUCUGGACUGUAGUUCUGAGUCCAGUUUCAAAGUAUUUUUGGACUUUUAAAGGAGACAAAUGGUGGAGAAUUGUGCUUUUUUUAUGCAUUCAAACCAAUUACUGUAUACUUUUGUAUAUAUAUGGUAAGCCAAGCAAUAAAUAUGUUAAUCCUG